AUGAAAGCCUCAAUUUCAACCGGUCUCCUGCUGCUCAAUGCAGUAGCCAAUGCGGCCUGUCCUUAUAUGGACGGAGGCGCCUCUUUGCAUAAGCGUGCUGGUGAGAGCGGUAGUUCCUCUGGGCUGCCUGGUGAUGAUGGCUUCUUUGAGAAAUUCUACGUUAAGGAUGGGGAAGGGGACUACACUACUACGGAUUUUGGUACCCCGGUGGAUGAUACAAAUUCUCUGAAGGCUGGGGAGAGGGGCCCAACGCUAUUGGAGGACUUUGUUCUCAGGACUAAGAUCACCAGAUUCGAUCAUGAGAGGGUUCCUGAACGUGCAGUCCAUGCCCGUGGUGCCGCUGCCCAUGGAUACUUCGAGAGUUGCGGUGACUUCUCCAACAUUACUAGCGCCUCGUUCCUCGGAAAGGAGGGAAAGAAAACGCCAGUAUUCCUUCGAUUCUCGACUGUUGCGGGAUCAAGGGGCAGUGCGGAUACCGUCCGGGAUGUUCAUGGGUUCGCAUUGAGGUUUUACACUGGUGAAGGAAACUACGAUAUCGUUGGAAACAACAUUCCAGUUUUCUUCAUUCAGGAUGCAAUUCAAUUCCCCGAUCUCAUCCACUCGGUUAAGCCUAGCCCCAAUAACGAGAUUCCCCAAGCUGCUACCGCCCACGAUUCCGCAUGGGAUUUUUUCGGUCAGAACCCAUCGACUAUGCAUACCCUUCUCUGGGCUCUUUCUGGCCACGGAAUCCCUCGCUCUUUCCGUCAUAUGGAUGGGUUCGGGGUGCAUACUUUCCGUUUCGUCAACGAUGCUGGCAAGUCCAAGUUGGUCAAGUAUCACUUCAAGACGAAACAAGGUCUUGCGUCCCUUGUUUGGUCCGAGGCUUUGGUCCUCAAUGGCCAGAAUCCCGACUUCCACCGUCAAGACCUUUUCGACGCCAUCGAGUCGAAGAACUACCCGGAAUGGGAUAUUGGCGUGCAAAUCAUGGACGAGGAUGAUGUCCUGAGAUUUGGCUUUGAUCUUAACGACCCGACCAAGAUUGUUCCCGUCGAGCUGGUGCCCAUCACGCCCAUCGGAAAGCUGGUCCUGAACAAGAAUACAAAGAAUUACUUUGCCGAGACCGAGCAGGCUAUGUUUAAUCCCGGUCAUGUUGUCCGUGGCAUUGACUUUUCUGACGAUCCUCUCCUGCAAGGACGCUUGUUCUCGUAUGUCGAUACUCAACUCAACCGUCAUGGCGGACCAAACUUCGAGCAGCUUCCAAUUAACCAACCCCACAGUGAAGUGCACAACAACAACCGUGACGGUGCCGGUCAGAACAUGAUCCAUCUCAACACUGCCCCCUACACACCCAACACCCUAAACGGAGGCUUCCCCAAGCCCGCCACUCAGAACGCUGGGCGCGGCCACUUCACCGCUCCUGCGCGGAAGAUCGUCGACGCGCACUACGUUCGCACCGUGUCUCCCACCUUCCUUGACUAUUGGUCGCAGCCCCGGCUCUUCUUCCAAUCCCUGGUCCCGGCGGAGCAACAGAUGGUGGUCAACGCGGCACGCUUCGAGCUGUCGAAGGUCUCCUCGGAAGCAGUGCGCAAGGCGGCAGUCGCACAAUUCAACAAGAUCUCCAACGAUCUCGCUAAGCGCAUCGCUAAGGCCUUGGGCAUGGCGCCGCCGGCACCGGAUCCUGGUUACUAUCAUAAUAACAAGACUUCCGGACUGUCGACCUUUGGCAACCCGCUUCCCAACAUCAAGACUUUGAAUAUCGGGAUCUUGGCCACGACGACCUCGCAUGCGUCGCUUGCUCAGGCUGUAAGCCUUGCCAAGGCUUUCAAGGGCAAAGGCGCCGUGCCCAAGAUCGUUGGGGAGUACAUUACCCCCGGCGUGGACAUGACGUACUCAGCGACCGAUGCCGUCGUCUUCGACGGGGUAAUUGUAACGGACGGCACAUCCGCCUUGUUCUCCAUGACUAGCGCGUCGUCACUGUACCCUCCCCAGCGACCGGCUAGUAUCGUCCGGGACGCCUUCCUCUACGGAAAACCCAUCGCCGCCGUCGGAGAUGGAAAGGCCGGUUUCGACGUGUCGAGCAUUUCACCCAGUCAAGAUGGUGUGUAUUGUGUCGACAACAGUGGUGUCGGUGGAUUGCCCGAUACUUUUGAGGCUGGCUUGAAGACUUUCAAAUUCGUGGGGAGGUUCGCCGUUGAUUCUUAAGUUUGAAAUUUUGUAGUAUAUCUUUUAUUCUGGUUUCCUUAUUAAUUUUUUUCCGACUUGUUCGGGGGCCGGGGGGAAAUGGUUUCUUUUCAUUUUUGGAUAAUAAAAUGGAAUCGGAGUCAAAGAUGAGCU